UUGUUGAGCGAUGCACAUCUCGAACUUGGGCAACCUGACGAGCCGGCAUAUACCUAUGAUUUCCCUGUGAUGGCCGAAGACGUUGCCUUGCUCGGAGAUAUGGGGCACACAAUCUCUGACGGGCUGUUUGAGUGGUUUGACGUGCAAUUGACCAGGUUCAGACGAGUAUUUUAUCUGGCUGGGAACCAUGAAGCGUACGAAUGGUCCUUGGAGGAAUCACACAAGCGCCUGCAGGACUAUGCAGCACCGAGAGCCGAGCCAUCUAACGGGCGAGGCGUGUUUAUAUACCUCUACCGUACACGAUACGACCUCUCCCCUACUCUCACGCUCCUCGGCUGCACGCUGUGGUCUGAGUUGGACCCAAAACACGCGGAGGCGAUCUCCAGAGUCUCUCCCGAUUUUAAGCGUAUCAAAGGCUUCCACAUCCCGGAAUACGAGUCUGUGCACCAAGUAGAGCUCUCCUGGCUCGAGGAUGCGCUCUCCUCCCUCCGCACACAAGAGCCGGAUCGGCAGAUCGUCAUCUUCACCCACCAUUCACCUACGUUUGAGAAUACUUCAGACCCCAAGUUCAAAGGCGGCUUUGCGGGGAGUGCUUUUUCCACCAAGUUGACGGAGAAGGGCUGGUGGGGAGAGCAGGUGAAGACUUGGUGUUUUGGUCAUACCCAUUGGUCUUGUGAUUUCGAGAGGAAGGGGGUGAGAGUGGUGUCUAACCAGAAAGGAUAUCCGACGGACCCACCGCAGCCGUUUGACCCGUGCAAGAUUAUCGAAGUUCGAAAAGUUGAAGGUAUGAGGUACCUGGCUCACCUGUAG